AUGAGCCGCACAGCCUACACUGUGGGAGCCCUGCUUCUCCUCUUGGGGACCCUGUUGCCAGCUGCUGAGGGGAAAAAGAAGGGGUCCCAAGGGGCUAUUCCCCCACCAGACAAGGCCCAGCACAAUGACUCCGAGCAGACUCAGUCUCCCCAGCAGCCUGGCUCCAGGAACCGGGGGCGGGGCCAGGGGCGGGGCACCGCCAUGCCCGGAGAGGAGGUGCUGGAGUCCAGCCAGGAGGCCCUGCAUGUGACCGAGCGCAAAUACCUGAAGCGAGACUGGUGCAAAACCCAGCCGCUGAAGCAGACCAUCCACGAGGAGGGCUGCAACAGCCGCACCAUCAUCAACCGCUUCUGCUACGGCCAGUGCAACUCCUUCUACAUCCCCAGGCACAUCCGGAAGGAGGAGGGCUCCUUUCAGUCCUGCUCCUUUUGCAAGCCCAAGAAAUUCACCACCAUGAUGGUCACGCUCAACUGUCCUGAACUCCAGCCACCCACCAAGAAGAAGAGGGUCACGCGUGUCAAGCAGUGUCGUUGUAUAUCCAUCGAUUUGGAUUAA